GGACACUACUACAUGCAGCCCACACACCAUUAGUAGCCAGCUACAUUGUUACAAUCCUUCCUUCCAUUUCCUGCAACAUUCCGUUUUUAUGUUCUUUGAAAGGAAACGUUACUUCGUUUCAGCGUCUCGGAUAAUAUAUUAGCCUGUCUUCUAUAUUGACUGCUUGGACACGAAUUAAAGGAGCAGAUAUGAAGAGGGUCCGUGGCCAGGUACGGCUGGGUCGGUUCACCGGGACACGGAUGGGAGGCUGCUGACAGAAGGCUGCGGUGAUGUGCAUGCUGCUGUUUUGGAAUCCUCUGCUUGGGAGAAAGAACCGCCUGACAACAUGACUGGGUUGAACCAGCAGAAUGUUGAGGAAUACUAUGAGAUGGGAGAUGAGCUGGGGAGUGGUCAGUUUGCGGUGGUAAAGAAAUGUCGUGAACGUAGCUCUGGCCUGGAGUAUGCCGCUAAGUUCAUCCGUAAGCGACGGAGCAAGUCGAGCCGGCGUGGCGUGACCCGGGAAGACAUCGAGAGGGAGGUCAGCAUUCUGAAGGAGAUUCAACACCCCAACACCAUCACGCUACACGACGUGUUCGAGAACAAGACUGAUGUCAUCCUCAUACUAGAACUGGUGGCUGGUGGAGAACUGUUUAAUUUGCUAGCAGAGAAGGAGUCCCUAACAGAAGAGGAGGCUACUGAGUUCCUCAAACAGAUUCUGGAUGGAGUCCACUACCUGCACUCCAAACACAUUGCACACUUUGACCUCAAGCCAGAGAACAUUAUGUUACUGAACAGAGCUGUGGCCCAUCCUCGCAUCAAGCUCAUCGACUUCGGUCUGGCACACAAGAUCGAUUUUGGCAAUGAUUUCAAAAACAUCUUUGGCACCCCGGAAUUUGUAGCUCCAGAGGUAGUCAACUAUGAACCGCUCGGCCUGGAGGCAGACAUGUGGAGUGUUGGAGUGAUCACCUAUAUUCUGUUGAGUGGUGCAUCGCCGUUCUUGGGAGAGAAUAAGCAGGAGACUUUAGCUAACGUGUCGGCGGUGGACUACACCUUCGAUGAAGAGUUCUUUAGCAGCACCAGCCUCCUGGCCAAAGACUUUAUCACCCGGCUGCUUAUCAAAGACCCAAAAAAGAGAAUGACCAUCCAGGACAGUCUGCUCCAUCCCUGGAUCAAGCCAAAGGACUCCCAGCAGGCUCUCAGCAGGAAGGAGUCUGCAGUCAACAUGGAGAAGUUUAAGAAGUUUGCUGCUCGGAGGAAAUGGAAGCAAUCGGUGCGCCUCAUCUCGUUGUGUAACCGUCUCUCUCGCUCCUUCCUGUCUAGAAGCAACAUCAGUGUGGCUCGCAGUGAUGACACGUUGGAUGAGGAAGACUCCUUCGUGAUGAAGGCUAUAAUCCAUGCAAUAAACGACAACAACGUACCUGGCCUGCAGCAUCUUCUGACCUCACUGACCAGCUAUGACCUUAACCAGCCCAACAAGAACGGGACUCCCCCCCUCCUGAUUGCAGCAGGCUGUGGGAACAUUCAGAUCAUCGAUGUGCUGAUGGGGAAAGGAGCUGAGAUACAGGCACACGACAAGAGUGGAGCGAACGCCAUCUACUACGCAGGGAGACACGGACACGUGGAGACCCUCAGGUUCCUGCAUGAAAAGACCUGCCCUCUGGACGUCCAAGAUAAGAGUGGAGAGACAGCCCUUCACGUGGCAGCUCGCUAUGGCAACGUGGAUGUGGUCCAAUACCUGUGUAGUAUCCAUGCCAACCCAGACCUCUCAGACAGGGAGCAGGAGACACCGCUCCACUGUGCGUCGUGGCAUGGCUACUCCUCGGUGGCCAGGACACUAUGCCAGGCGGGGUGCCAGGUUAAUGCCAAGAACAGGGAGGGAGAGAGCCCCCUCCUCACCGCCUCUGCCAGGGGGUUCGCUGAUAUAGUAGAGUGUCUGAUAGAACAUGGCGCUGACCUCAACUCUACUGACAAGGACAGCCACAUAGCGCUCCACCUGGCUGUGAGGAGGUGCCAACUGGAGGUGGUCAGAUGUUUGCUCCGUCACCCUUGCCCCGUCGACCAUCAGGAUCGCCACGGCAACACGCCGCUGCACAUCGCCUGUAAGGACGGCAACUUGCCCGUUGUCACGACACUGUGUGCUGCCAAGGCGACCCUCGACCUUCCCAACAAGUAUGGCAGGACACCUCUCCACAUGGCAGCUAUCAACGGUCUUCUAGAGGUAGUCAGACACCUGUGUGUAGCUGGGGCCAAUACAGACGUCGUCACCAAUGAUGGUAAAACAGCAGAAGAUUUGGCAGUGCAGGAGCAGCAGGAGCAUGUUGCUGUGUUGCUGGUUAAACUGAAGAAGAACAACCAUAAAGGCAGCUACAUCCAGGCUCUGCGUCCCACCAGCACCCCCCAGCCUCGGGUCAAGCUGAAGCUGCUGGGCCACUGUGGCUCUGGGAAGAGCUCCCUCCUGGAGAGUCUGAAGUGUGGCAUCCUAAGGGGCUUCUUCAGGAGGAGACGACCACGGGGCAACAACACCCCACGACACCCCAACUCACCCAUGGAUGGCAAGGCUGCAGUGUCCGUGAGUAUCUCCAACCUGUAUCCUGGCUGUGAGAACGUCUGUGUGCGUAGUCGCAGUAUGAUGUUUGAGCCCAGCCUGACCAAGGGAGUCCUGGAAGUGUUCAGCCCCGUCACCAACGCACUCUCCUCAGCCGACGACCUCGCCACCAGAGCCAUCGACAUCCAGAACACUAACAUCAAUGGUGUAGGAGACUUCAGUGUUUGGGAGUUCAGUGGUAACCCUGUGUACUACUGUUCUUACGACUACUUUGCUGCCAACGACCCUACAGCCAUCCACCUGGUGCUGUUCAGCCUGGAGGAACCCUACGAGACUCAGCUCAGCCAGGCUACAUACUGGCUCAACAUGUUGAAGGCCUUAACACUGCCACAGGAUACUAUAGCGUUUGGAGGUCGCAUCCAUAGCCCGCUGACGGUAGUCCUUGUGGGGACUCAUGCUGACGUGGCUUGCCUGCCUCGGGGGGCUGGAGGGGAGUUUGGAUACGACAAGGAGAGGCCUCUACUCAAGGAGCUCCGGAACAGGUUUGGCAACGACCUGCAGAUCUCAGAGAGGCUGUUUGUGAUGGACGCUGGAGCCUCCACCUCUAAAGAUGUCAAACUGCUCCGGAACCACCUGCUGGAACUACGCAAUAACAUCAUCUCUACCUGUAGUCCCAUGUCGGCCCUUUCAGAGAGUCUGGUCUCGACCCUGCCCUCCUGGAGGAAAAUGAGUGGCCCUAACCAGCUGACGUCAUGGCAACAGUUUGUCUCUGACGUCCAGGAACACAUCAACCCACUGGUCAGCGAGGAGCACCUCCGAGGGGUCGCACAGCAGCUCCACAGCAUGGGAGAGAUCAACCUGAUGCAGAGUGAGACGGUGCAGGAUGUGAUGGUGUUGGAGCCCCGCUGGCUGUGUAGUGGGGUGUUAGCCCGCCUCCUCUCUGUGGACACGCCUAAAGCCAUCCACCACUACAGGGGGCGCUACAGACUGGAGGAGAUACAGGCUCUGGCCCCAGAGAGCGACGUGGACGAACUGCUACAGGUGCUGGAUGCCAUGGACGUGUGCGUCCGUGACCUGACCAACCCUGGCAUGGUGGAUGUCCCCGCCCUGAUCAAGACCAACAGCCUCCACCACUCCUGGACGGAGGAAGAGGAGGAGGACGAUGUCCUGAUCUACGGAGGGGUCAGACUGGUUCCUGCUGAACACCUCACACCUUUCCCCUGUGGACUGUUCCACAAGCUACAGGUGAACCUGUGUCGCUGGAGCCACCAGCAGCGCCCUGAGGACGACACAGGGGAGGGGCCUGACGGAGACAUCCGCCUCUGGACCAAUGGGGCAAAGGUGAGCCAAGGCGGAGCGGAGGCCAUGAUCCUAUUGGUCAACCACGGCCAGGGGGUGGAGAUCCAGGUCAGAGGUCACGACAGCGAACGGGCCAAGUGUUACACCCUCCUGGACACCAUGGUUACCAUUACAGAGUCGCUCCUGUCCUCCACCCUCCCUGGCCUCCUCACUGCCCGGUACUACCUCAGCCCCCAGCAGCUCAGAGAGCAUCACGGUCCCGUCAUGAUCUACCAACCUAAAGACUUCCUGAAGGCCCAGACCCAGAGAGAGACCAGCCUCACCAACACCAUGGGGGGUUACAGGGAGAGCUUCAGCAGUAUCCUAGCCUUGGGCUGUACUGAAGUCUAUAGUCAGGGUAGUCUGUGUGCAGAUGUCCACAUCUCAGAGGUCAGCCUGCUGGCCAGGAGGAAGCUGUGUCGUCUGUUAGACCCUCCUGAUGCGCUGGGGAAGGACUGGUGUCUGCUGGCUAUGAACCUGGGUCUCACCUACCUGGUGGCCAAACACAGCUCCACCCCCAACGGCACCCCAACCAAUGGAGGCCCUGCCCCAGACAAUGACCCCGCCCUCCUGGCCAGCCCCACGGCAGCGCUGCUCCUGGAUUGGUCAGUCCGUCCAGACAGCACGGUGGGGUUGUUGAUGUGGAAGCUGCGUGAGUUGGGGAGGCGUGAUGCGGCUGACUUCCUGUUAAAGACCUCGCCUGUCUUCAGGGUCAACAUAGAGGGUGUGGCUAGGGGGAGGGGAAGAGCCUGUAACGGAGGCACAUCCUACAACUCCAUCAGUUCAGUCAUCUCCCGAUGAGACGGGUGUAAUCACUGGGAACCAAGCGGGUAGAGAAACACAGGGACAAACCUGAAUUGGAUUUUCUUUUUCCGUUGAAAAACAUUUUGCUUCAGUGUGCGCUAUUGAAUACACACCAUGUCCUGGAUCAGAACAGCUUCCGCUCCUCCUGAUCUGGCCCAUCAGGGGAGAAGACUAGAAUCUGAUCCUAGAUCAGAGUCCUGACUGGGGAAACUAACUGUCCUCAGAGUGAGGCUGGGCUAACUCGGGCUGACGAACCAACCAACACCAUGUGCAAUGUAAUCUUUCCCGGGGGUUUAGUGUUAGUUCUCUCCUGUUAACCCCUAGGUCACUGAUGCUCUGUGAGACUGAUGCUCUGUGAGACUGAUGCUCUGUGCACAUCCAGUGUCCAUAUAGCUCCCCUCCUCUCUUCUCCUACUCUCCUCCUGUCCUAUCCUCCUCCUCCUGUCCUCCUCUCUUCAUCCUGUCCUCCUCCUCUCCUCCUCCUGUCCUCCUCCUCUCCUCCUCCUCUCCUCCUCCUGUCCUCCUCUCCUCCUCCUGUCCUCCUCCUCUCCUCCUCCUGUCCACUCUCAUCCUCCUCCUGUCCUCUCCUCCUCCCCCUGUCCUCAUCUCCUCUCUCCUCUAAACCUCUCCUCUCUCAUCCUGUUCUCUCUCCUCCUCUCCUCCUCUCUCCUCCUGUCCUCCUCUCCUCCUCCUGUCUACUCUCAUCCUCCCCCUGUCCUCUCUCCUCCAAACCUCUCCUCUCUCCUCCUCUCUCACCCUGUUCUCUCUCCUCCUCCUCUCCUCACCAUCCCCCUAUAUGAAUGUUGAAAUGAACUGGCUGUCCUGAGCUCCAAAGAGGAUCCCAAAUGGAACCCUACUGAAGUGGCACUAAACUUCACUAGUUACUCUUUCUGCCCUGCUGCCCUGCUGCCCUGCUGCCCUGCUGCCCUGCUGCCCUGCUUGUCAGCAUCUCAACUCCAACACAGCACUAGAAGUACAGCAAGGGUUUUUCUUUAUUUUUACUGUUUUCUACAUUGAAGAAUAAUAGUGAAACUACGAAAUGACACAAAUAGAAUCAUGUAGUAACCAACAAAGUAUUUAACAAAUCAAAAUAUAUUUCACAUUCAUCAAAGUAGCCACUCUUUGCCUUGAUGACAGCUUUAGACACUCUUGACAUUCUCUCAACCAGCUUCAUGAGGUAGUCACCUGGAAUGCAUUUCAAUUAACAGGUGUUCCUUGUUAAAAGUAAAAAUGUGUGGAUUGUUUUUCCUUUCCUUAAUGUGUUUGGGCCAAUCAGUUAUGUUGAGACAUACAGAAGAUAGCCCUAUUUGGUGAAAGACCAAGUCCAAAUUAUGGCAAGAACAGCUCAAAUAUGAAAAGAGAAAUGACAGUCCAUCAUUACUUUAAGACAUGAAGGUCAGUCAAUCUGGAACAUUUCAAGAACUUUGAAAGUUUCUUCACGUGCAGUCUCAAAAACCAUCAAGCACUAUGAUGAAACUGGUUCUCAUGAGAACCGCCACAGGAAAGGAAGACCCAGAGAUACCGCUGCCACAAAGGAUAAGUUCAUUAAGGUUAACUGCACCUCAGAUGACAGCCCAAAUAAAUGCUUCACAGAGUUCAAUCAGGCCUUCAUGGUUGAAGUUCUGCAAAUAAACCACUACAAAAGGACACCAAUAAGAAGAAGAGACUUACUUGGGCCAAGAAACACGAACAAUGGACAUUAGCCUGGUGGAAAUCUGUCCAUUGGUCUGGAGUCCAAAUUUGACCACAGAGUGAAAAAAAAGCAGCCAACAAGUGCUCAGCAUAUGUGGGAACUCCUUCAUUUGAAGAAUCUCAUUUGAAGAAUCCCAAAACUUUUUUGGUUACUACAUGAUUCCAUAUGUGUUAUUUCAUAGUUUUGAUGUCUUCAUUAUUAUUCUACAAUGUAGAAAAUAGUAAAAAAUAAAGAAAAACCCUUGAAUGAGUAGGUGGGUACAAACUUUUGACUGGUAGUGUACAUGUCAGCACAUGCCCCUCAACACAACACAACUGUUGUUCACGAAGGAAAAUAAAAAAUCCACAUCAGCAAUGGAGGAUUUGAUAUAAAUCUGGGCUCCUUUUAUAUACUGAGGUUACAGAUAACAGAUGAACAGAUAACAGACGAAGUCUCUGUCCAUCUCUUUCUGACAUGAUUACAGUUUGAUAACAGACGAAGUCUCUGUCCAUCUCUUUCUGACAUGAUUACAGUUUGAUAACAGACGAAGUCUCUGUCUCCAUCUCUUUCUGACAUGAGAAGAUGAAGUCUCUGUCUCCAUCUCUUUCUGACAUGAUAACAGAUGAAGUCUCUGUCUCCAUCUCUUUCUGACAUGAUAACAGAUGAAGUCUCUGUCUCCAUCUCUUUCUGACAUGAUAACAGAUGAAGUCUCUGUCUCCAUCUCUUUCUGACAUGAUAACAGAUGAAGUCUCUGUCUCCAUCUCUUUCUGACAUGAUAACAGAUGAAGUCUCUGUCUCCAUCUCUUUCUGACAUGAUAACAGAUGAAGUCUCUGUCUCCAUCUCUUUCUGACAUGAGAAGAUGAAGUCUCUGUCUCCAUCUCUUUCUGACAUGAUAACAGUUUGAUACCAGACGAAGUCUCUGUCUCCAUCUCUUUCUGACAUGAUAACAGUUGAAGUCUCUGUCCAUUUCUUUCUAACAUGAUAUAAGGAGUUCAAUGCUUGACUAGUUCUAACGACAGUGAUAUCUUUCUGACCUUCUACCUCUCCUACAAAGCACAAAGGUCUAACAGCCCUGUCUAGGGGAUCUUCUUGUCCUGGGGUCUUUCCUACAUAAUGUACCACAGAGCUCUGGUCAAAAGGUUCCCAUCUGGGAUGGGACCCUGAACAGUCCAUUGGCCCUGUCUAGGGGAUCUUCUUGUCCUGGGGUCUUUCCUACAUAAUGUACCACAGAGCUCUGGUCAAAAGGUUCCCAUCUGGGAUGGAACCCUGAACAGUCCAUUGGCCCUGUCUAAGGGAUCUUCUUGUCCUGGGGUCUUUCCUACAUAAUGUACCACAGAGCUCUGGUCAAAAGGUUCCCAUCUGGGAUGGAACCCUGAACAGUCCAUUGGCCCUGUCUAAGGGAUCUUCUUGUCCUGGGGUCUUUCCUACAUAAUGCACCACAGAGCUCUGGUCAAAAGGAUCCCAUCUGGGAUGGAACCCUGAACAGUCCAUUGGCCCUGUCUAAGGGAUCUUCUUGUCCUGGGGUCUUUCCUACAUAAUGCACCACAGAGCUCUGGUCAAAAGGUUCCCAUCUGGGAUGGAACCCUGAACAGUCCAUUGGCCCUUUCUAAGGGAUCUUCUUGUCCUGGGGUCCUUCCUACAUAAUGUACCACAGAGCUCUGGUCAAAAGGUUCCCAUCUGGGAUGGAACCCUGAACAGUCCAUUGGCCCUGUCUAAGGGAUCUUCUUGUCCUGGGGUCUUUCCUACAUAAUGUACCACAGAGCUCUGGUCAAAAGGUUCCCAUCUGGGAUGGGACCCUGAACAGUCCAUUGGCCCUGUCUAGGGGAUCUUCUUGUCCUGGGGUCUUUCCUACAUAAUGUACCACAGAGCUCUGGUCAAAAGGUUCCCAUCUGGGAUGGAACCCUGAACAGUCCAUUGGCCCUGUCUAAGGGAUCUUCUUGUCCUGGGGUCUUUCCUACAUAAUGCACCACAGAGCUCUGGUCAAAAGGUUCCCAUCUGGGAUGGAACCCUGAACAGUCCAUUGGCCCUGUCUAAGGGUUAGGGGUUAGUUACAACGAUACAGCACGGCAGGUGGGGACUAACAAUGUGUUGAUAGAUCCACAACCUAAUGGAACAUCUAACUCUUAGGGCUGGUUUCCCGGUCACAGAUUAAGCCUGCAGCAAAUAAACACUUUGGACUGGUCUUAAUCUUAGUCUGGGAAACCAAAUGAGUACUGUUGCGUGAGCUAGUGACUUAAGAUCAGCAGGCUAAUGCAGUGUUGUGAAGACGACUGUGGUUUAAACCCAGACAGAGACCUAGCUACCAUGACAGGACCUUCCUAGCAGAAACAACAUGUUAAUUAUUAUGAUGUGAAUACCCAGAGGCCUAGACGGGAGAAGACAGAACACAGUGGUAGUAGUGGUAUCAGAGACAGCAUGUUGCUUCUCACCUAAACAUCUUCUCCUGAAGAGCAACAGAGAUUCCCAUGUGAGGUUUUUUUGCGGGUUUAUUUUAGCACACACACACCACACAGACACUCUCAUCUCUCCUACUGCUGCCUUGCUGAGCUGAAGAGCUGUGUCUGUGAAAGGGAAGUUACGAGUAGUGUACUACUGAGCUUUUAAAGUAUCCUAAUGAACAUUUAAAUGUUUUUCUUGUUUCUUGAUUCUGAUGGUAAGUGGCUUUCUUUGUUUCCUUGGAUUUGACGCAGACCCUACUGCGUCCCAAUUGGCACCCUAUUCCCUAUAUAGUGCACUACUUUAGACCAGAGCCCUAUUCCCUACAUAGUGCACUACUUUAGACCAGACAUAGUGCACUACUUUAGACCAGAGCCCUAUUCCCUAUAUAGUGCACUACUUUAGACCAGAGCCCUAUUCCCUAUAUAGUGCACUACUUUAGACCAGAGCCCUAUUCCCUAUAUAGUGCACUACUAUAGACCAAAGCCCUAUUCCCUAUAUAGUGCACUACUAUAGACCAGAGCCCUAUAGAACCCUAUUCCCUAUAUAGUGUACUACUAUAGACCAGAGCCCUAUUACCUAUAUAGUGCACUACUAUAGACCAGAGCCCUAUAGAACCCUAUUCCCUAUAUAGUACACUACUUUAGACCAGAGCCCUAUAGAACCCUAUUCCCUAUAUAGUGCACUACUAUAGACCAGGGCCCUAUAGAACCCUAUUCCCUAUAUAGUGCACUACUUUAGACCAGAGGACCUAUAGAACCCUAUUCCCUAUAUAGUGCACUACUUUAAACCAGAGGACCUAUAGAACCCUAUUCCCUAUAUAGUGCACUGCUUUAGACCAGAGGACCUAUAGAACCCUAUUCCCUAUAUAGUGCACUGCUUUAAACCAGAGGACCUAUAGAACCCUAUUCCCUGUAUAGUGCACUGCUUUAGACCAGAGGACCUAUAGAACCCUAUUCCCUAUAUAGUGCACUACUUUAGACCAGAGGACCUAUAGAACCCUAUUCCCUAUAUAGUGCACUGCUUUAGACCAGAGGACCUAUAGAACCCUAUUCCCUAUAUAGUGCACUGCUUUAGACCAGAGGACCUAUAGAACCCUAUUCCCUAUAUAGUGCACUGCUUUAGACCAGGGCCCUAUAGAACCCUAUUCCCUAUAUAGUGCACUACUUUAGACCAGAGGACCUAUAGAACCCUAUUCCCUAUAUAGUGCACUGCUUUAGACCAGAGGACCUAUAGAACCCUAUUCCCUAUAUAGUGCACUGCUUUAGACCAGGGCCCUAUAGAACCCUAUUCCCUAUAUAGUGCACUACUUUAGACCAGAGGACCUAUAGAACCCUAUUCCCUAUAUAGUGCACUACUUUAGACCAGGGCCCUAUAGAACCCUAUUCCCCAUAUAGUACACUGCUUUAGACCAGAGGACCUAUAGAACCCUAUUCCCUAUAUAGUGCACUGCUUUAGACCAGAGGACCUAUAGAACCCUAUUCCCUAUAUAGUGCACUGCUUUAGACCAGAGGACCUAUAGAACCCUAUUCCCUAUAUAGUGCACUACUUUAGACCAGAGGACCUAUAGAACCCUAUUCCCUAUAUAGUGCACUGCUUUAGACCAGAGGACCUAUAGAACCCUAUUCCCUAUAUAGUGCACUAUUUUAGACCAGAGGACCUAUAGAACCCUAUUCCCUAUAUAGUGCACUGCUUUAGACCAGAGGACCUAUAGAACCGUAUUCCCUAUAUAGUGCACUACUUUAGACCAGAGGACCUAUAGAACCCUAUUCCCUAUAUAGUGCACUGCUUUAGACCAGGGCCCAAUAUGGUUAGCACCAUGUAGGGAAUACAGUGCCAUUUGUUGAGCACCCUCUGUAUCUGUCUGUCUGAGCGCAUGGAGACGGGUGUAUUCAAGACUUUGUACAGACACAACAGAAAGACGUCUCUCUCUGCACAAUAGCCUUGUUUUGUAUUUCUGAUUGUUCCCAUAGACUGGGAUGAUACCAUGUCCUGAACCUUUACAGUGUCGUAGUUACAUUUGAUAAUAAAUGGUUUACCUGAGAA